AAUUUAUUUGGUGUAUUUGGAAUCUUUUGAGGCGCAGUGGCGAAACUUUUUGCAUAUUAUCUGGUUUUUCACAACUUGUUGCAUCCAGAGCAAAACUGCUAUUAAUAUUACAGGGUUGACCUUCUGAGCAUGCCUGAUAACUGCACAAACUGCUUCAUUUUCUAGUUGAAAAUUGACAUGUAACGACGAUGAUAUCUAAAUAAGUUUCAGUUGCUUAAUAGAUCUAGAACAUGUUACUGAAUCUGGGUUCUGAUUCUUCUGAAUAUGAUAUAUCUAUUAUGAAAUGUGAUUUCUAAAAACCUAUUAUGUUCUUUUGUUUCUUCUUCUUUUCUGUUUAAGAAUUUGUAAAUCAUGCUUUUCUUUUGAAUUCUACUUUUGGUCACAUUCAUUAAUGCUUAAUUUCUUGUAAUGCCUUGUGAGUUUUUAUGUAUAUAAUGUCUACAGCUGAAUGAGUUCUUGAUUGAAAUAAGCAUCAAAACUAUUAACUUCUUCAUGAUUGCCAAGUGAAUUCAUCUUCAAAUUACACUCCCUAAAUGGCUUGGUGCACUUGGUUGCUCUUAUCACUAUAUUUGAACCACUAACUGCGUUGAUGUAUAUGUUCAUCUGCUUUUUUUUUCCCUCAAAAUUUUGAUGGUUUGGAAAAUUACAUGACUGAAGCAAAGGAACACCCCAUCAGCCAUCUUUUUGUUCUUCUUGUCUGUGUGCUUUACUCAAAUGUUAAUAAGUUGUCAACUAUUACAUUGAAAAUCUAGCUUGUGAUUUUGGUUCUUGUGAUUUACUUAGAGUUUUAUGCAAUAAUGGGGGCCAUAAUCUUUCUGAACAGUUUUGUCCCUAGUGUUCCUUUUAUGGUUGGGUUGUUACUGCUUCAUGAGUUUUCUUUAUACUAGCAAAUUUUAGCCUUGCUAGUUCUUCUUCUUUUGACAUUUACUUGGACAUAUGUGCCGAGCUUGUGUUUGUAGUGUUCCAUCUCCAUUGAUUGUUGCGCAAUGCCGCGGUUUUGUUUCAUGAUUGCAAAUAGUGUUGAUGACAUUCAUAUUUUGAGUAUAACUUAGACAUCCACAGCUCAUUCUAUGUUUUUCCCCUUUUAGUAGUUAAUCUUGGAAUGAGACAAAAACAAUCUGUUUGUUGAUAAGGAUCUACUGAGUUUUGGCAUCAAAAUUCAAGACAAUUGAUGAAUUAGAUGGCUAUUCGGGUUCAAAACAUGACAAAGAAAAAUUUUGAUGCAAGUUCUCUUCAUUCCCUAUCCCGUUUAUCUAUUAGUGGCCCACCAUGGUGGAAUUCAAACGAGCAGCAAAAUAUUGCACAGUCAUUACCCCAGAAUAUAAGCUUGAAAGUCGAAAGCCCCUCCCAACUGUAUCAUAAUGCAAAGCAUUUAUAUCUUCAACUGCCAGUCCAGGGUUCGGCGUCAGCUCAAGCAAUAUUUGGUCAAUCUCAUCAUGAAGUGCGUGUCAUAGGAGUGACCAAUUCUCAUUGCAAUUCAUCUGAAUCUGGUCAGGAUGAGGGUUGUAGGAAGGACACUGAGGGUCAAAGGAAGCAAGUUUUCUUGCUUAACAAUCCAGACACUGUGUUCAGCCCUUCUCAUUCUAAUUAUAACCAUUCAAUGGCCAGUGCUCCAUAUCCUUGCGCUGAUGCUUACUUUGGUGGGCCAUUUACUACAUAUGGGCAAGAGGCUAUUAUUCAGGCGCAAAUGGCAGGAAGUGGAGCUACACGAAUCCCGUUGCCUUUUGAUCUUGCAGAAGAUGGUUUCAUUUAUGUCAAUGCAAAACAAUAUCAUGGGAUUCUCAGAAGGAGGCAGUAUCGUGCAAAGCUUAAGGCGCAAAACAAACUUGUCAAAUCUCGAAAGCCAUACCUUCAUGAAUCUCGACAUCUUCAUGCACUGAAUAGGGUUAGGGGAAGCGGUGGACGUUUUCUUAGCAAAAAGAAGAUCCAACAGCCUGAUCCAACUUUUAACACAAGUUCCCAAUGCAUCUCUUAUGCCAGCUGCUUAGGCCAAAAGAAUAGUAGGUCAGAACUUGAGAGGCGUUGCCCACCCGCGGCAGAAUAUACUGGUUCAAGUAUAAGCUGUUCUGAUAUGACAAGUGUCUCCAACAGUGAUGGCAAUAUCCAGCAGCGAGAACACAGAUUCCCAGACAACUCCUCUCGUGUGGGCGGGCACAUGCAAAGCAGUGGCGGCAGCAUGUCCAAUGGAAUACUGCACUGUGCUUCAGUUGUCCGGUGAGCAGGGGGCAGCAAAGAAGACGGCAACUCAUUCUUGGCUUUAUCAAACUAUCACUUCAUCAAUUAUCUUUCAUGCAUACAUUGUGAAAAGUGUCUCCGAGUGACAGUACAUUUUCGUGAAAUCUCUUCCUAAGGUUCUGUCUUCUGCUUUUACGUUCUCGGAAUGUUGAAAAGAGUUUGGCUUUUAAUUUAUUCGGGAAAUCCUUGACUUCGUCUUUCUUUUCAUGAUUGUUAUUCAUGUUAGACUAUGUAAAAACUUGCAUAAUUUCGUAUCAUUUGUAAGCAAACAAGUGAUUUCCUUGCUUUUUCAGAUCAAUAGUCCUUGCAUAUGAUUG